CCCAACAAAUAAAACCAGGGUUAACAUGGAUCCAUCGGGUGAAGACAUGCUAGAGAGCGAAAAACCAGGACCCAUCUUUGGAUGGUUCCCUUCUUUUAAAAGAGGCUACAUUACAAACGCCAUUAAAGAAGAGUAUUACCAAAUUGUCGAUAAUCCAAAGCGAUUGCCGUUUUUCCUACAUCCCAUUGUUUCACGAGAGAGGGAAUUCACAAUCAGUGGAAAACAAUCAUUUUUUACCCCCUCGAUUUACUUAAAAGACCAUGUCAACGUUCCUCGGCGAAUCUACCUCAAUUUUGACACAACCAACUUGGCCGUGGGUGCCACAGGAGGUUUACUUAUUGGGCUAGGAACUCAACACUACUUCAAAACUUAUGGUCGCCUUGCGCAGCUGACCUCUCAAACUUGGCUCAAGAGAGUGGAACUAGGAACGGCAACGGGGGUUCAAAGAUUUGCAUAUGGAUCAAUUGUCGCGACCCGAAUUGCAAAACGAGCUCUGAUGGGGGCUGUUUUAUUUGACCUUUUGAAGAGAAAUGCUGAAAAGGAACGAGGUAAAGAUGACUGGAUGAACCCUGCGUUUGCAGGAUUCUUUUGUGGAGCCGCAUUUGGGUUAAGAGGUGGAUUUCAUACUGGGAUAAUCGGUGCAUUCGGAUUUUCAAUGUGCUCUACACUUCAUCAUUUCUUUCCAUCUUUAAGCUCAAUCUGAAUGCUGGAAUUUAAUUUAUCUGUUCUUGACAUAUUGAACCAAAUUGAAAAAUUCCAGUUUUUAGCCCGACUCAAGCCUUCGUAUUGUAAUGAAUAUCGUAUUCA